AUGGAGAGUCUGCCGGGAGCGGAGAGCCUUCUCCACGGGUCGCCUCCGGACGCAAAUCAGAUUUCAACGUCGACGUCGGUGCAACAGCCGGAGUCUGGUUCCGAGCAGCUCUCGAACCUCUCGCGCUCGUCCUCACUCGUUCAGAGGAAACGCUCAUCACUACCUCCUCGGGCCGCAAAUUCAGCUCGUCAUGCCAAACGCCUCACCUUGAACUUCCCGAUUAAUCUGAACGAACCGGAGCCCACCGACCCUAACCUGACCUCACCGGGCUCAAUAACCCCCGUGACACAGUCCUCAACCCGCCCCUCGACCGCCCAGGCCCCUGGAACUCCUAUGUCGUUUGAUGUUCCAGAUGAUGGCUACGAUUUCCUGCGGGCCAUCGCCUCGCAGGAACGAAAGGUUAUGGAGCUCCGCGAGGAGCUGACUCGGGCGGAAGCAGAGCUAGUGACGAUUAAGAAGCAAUGGGCACAAUCGGAAAAGUCUAGGAAGCGCGCGGAAAUCCAUCACGCCGAGCCACUCAUGCCUCUCCGGUCGCCUGAGUCUGCAGCCCCCGAGGCUACGAGUUUACACGCCCGGGAACUGAGUAUGAGCUCGGUGGCGAGCUCUACGGUGUCUCAAGAACGGAUGAGCCGGGAUCUUGACCGGCGGUCUAGCAUGCGAAUCUCCGCACCAGGAACCAAAAUCGGGACCAAUGGUCGACGAGUCUUCCAUGGCACACAUACACGGACUUUAUCUCUUCUGUCACCUGUCACAGCUCCAAGCUCUUCCCGUGGGGAAAUGGGCCUCUCAGAAGCGGAUCGCGUGGGCCGCUUUCCUCGUUCGGCCACAUUACCAUCUGUCGACCGCAGUAAUGUCGCCACGAUGAGUGCACAAUUGGAUGAGAGUCAGGUACCAGAACAUCUACUCGCACAGUGGCGUAACACUCUUCCUCCCCCCUCACGGGAGGCAUUGGUGCGCACGGGGAAGCAAAUGGCGUCUGAUCUCCGCGAGGGCCUCUGGACAUUCUUGGAAGAUAUCCGACAAGCUACGGUGGGCGAGGAAGGAAUUAGUGGAACACACACACGGAACAUGUCACCAUCCAACUCCUUGGCACCGCCAAAUGGUCGCAAGCGGGAUUCCCUGGCGCAAUCCCGGAGUCGAGAACGGUUGCUAGCCGAUGGCAAGUUAUCACGAUCAUCAUCGUCAUCUUCGCGGGGGAGGGGGCCUGCGGCCGAGACAAAAACUGGUAAAGACACCAAGCCGGCGGAAAUUUCCACAUCUUUCUGGAAUGAAUUCGGCAUUGAUACACCAGCUCAGAAGUCUCCGAACGCUCGACGCACCCCCUCCGACAUCAAAGCCGCUACCCGAAACGAGGCGACCGAAGCCGAACAGCGCGAUCACCGCUCCAGUAAUUCAAUCGAUGCAGAAGAGAAUGAAGAUUUCGACGAAUGGGGUAGCUGGGACGCGCCCUUAUCCGGACAGAAGACGCACACGCCCUCGUCGAGUCGAUCAACCGUUGAAUCCAAACGUGAUCGGUCACCCACCACCCAGGGUAGUAGCCCUCGAACCAGCGCUAGCUUUGGCGAUUGGAACCCGACUUCCUCUGCUCUUGACCACAAUAUUUCCGAGGGCAUUCCCUGGCCUGCCAUCACCAAGCUUGCUCCCUCCAAGCUGCAACGUACUGCCUCCAACCUGAUGGCAGAAUGGGAGCGCUCGCUGUCAUCUUCCCCUGAGCGCAAUGCCUCUCCCUCGCUCAGCCGCAAGAGCAGCAAGAAGGACUAA